UUUCCAUUCAAUGCCAUCAAAACUUCUCCACCCUCCAAAUAUUUCUCCUUCACGACCCCCGCAGUUACCCCCUCUUCUCUCCACUGCGAAGCAGGCCCUUCCUGAGGGCGCACACGCCGCCCCUAGCGUGUGUGCCUACCACCCUGCCAAGAAUUCGUAUGAGCGCCGGUCGAAGAACCUGAAGAUUAUUCACUAUGGCACUCAGUGAUGAUCUUAGGCGGCCUCGGUGCAUCACAUUAUUCUUCAUCUUCCUAUCAUGUCUUGUUCUUGUUGUUGCUUCUUCUUCUGACUCAGAAAUUCUCCUCAAGGUGAAGAACAAUCUGCAAAACAGCAACAGCAACAAUGCAUUGUUGUCUUCAUGGAGCACCUCAACAUCUCCCUGUUCAGGAGACAGAGCAAAUUGGGAAGGGGUCCUCUGCUACCAAGGACAAGUCCACGGCUUGAAGCUUGAGAACAUGGGGCUCAAAGGGGUCAUUGAUGUUGAAUCCCUCAAGGAGUUACCUUAUCUCAGAAGCAUUAGUUUCAUGAACAACAAUUUUGAUGGUCCUUGGCCUGAAGUGAACAAGAUAACUGGGUUGAAGUCCCUUUACCUUUCAGAUAACAAGUUCUCUGGGUUGAUUCCUGAUCAAGCUUUUGAGGGCAUGCAAUGGUUGAAGAAGAUCCAUCUGUCAAAUAACCAGUUUGAGGGUCAUAUUCCGGCUUCGGUGGCGUUGUUGUCAAGGCUUCUGGAGUUGAGAUUGGAGGGAAACAAAUUCACUGGUGUCCUUCCUGAACUGCAGACAUCCGAACUGAAAUCAUUUAGCGUAGCUAAUAAUCUGUUGCGGGGUGAAAUACCAUUUCACCUUAGAAAAAUGUCGGCUUCUGCAUUUUCUGCUAAUGAAGGGCUAUGUGGAGCCCCAUUGGAAGAAUGUCAUUCCAAGAAGCCUUCAUUUGUGAGUAUUUUUGUGGUUGUGGUAGCUGUUGUUGUGGCAAUGAUUGUGAUUGGAGCAGUAAUACUCAUGCUUAAUAGAAGAAGAGAACGUGGACCAGCAAAUUCAGUGGAAAAUCCACCCCUCAAAAAGGGACGUGUGAAGGAUUCAGCGGAUGAAAGUCAGAGGUCAUCUAGAUCAAUAAGCUCCAUACGCAGCAGAAAAGAUCACAUGAAGUUAUGUUUUGUGAGGGAUGACAGAGAGAGAUUUGAUUUGCAAGAGUUGCUGAAAGCCUCAGCAGAGAUUUUGGGAAGUGGUUGUUUCAGUUCUUCUUACAAGGCUUCUUUGCUGAAUGGUCCCUCAAUUGUGGUGAAGAGGUUCAAGCAAAUGAACAAUGUGGGCAAGGAAGAGUUUCAAGAGCACAUGAGGAGGAUAGGAAGGUUGAGUCAUCCUAAUCUGCUUCCUCUUGUGGCUUACUAUUACAGAAAGGAGGAGAAGCUCUUGGUUACUGACUAUAUUCAGAAUGGAAGCUUGGCUGUUCGCCUUCAUGGACACCAAGCUCUUGGGGAACCAAGCCUAGAUUGGCCAAUGAGGUUAAAGAUUGUGAAAGGCAUAGCAACUGGUCUUGAAUAUCUAUACAAGGACAUGCCAAGCCUAAUUGCAGCUCAUGGAAAUCUCAAAUCCUCUAAUGUUCUUCUGACUCAAUCUUGUGAGCCCCUCCUCAGUGACUAUGGAUUGGUACCUGUGAUUAACCAGGACCUAGCUCGGGACAUCAUGGUGGUGUACAAGUCACCAGAAUAUUUGCAGCAUGGAAGAAUCACAAAGAAGACUGAUGUGUGGUGUCUUGGAAUACUGAUUCUGGAGAUUCUAACAGGAAAGUUCCCUGCUACCUUUUUGCAACAGGGGAAAGGGAGUGAGGUGAGUUUGGCAAAUUGGGUCCUCUCAGUUGUCCCAGAAGAGUGGAAUAGUGCUGUGUUUGAUAAUGAAAUGGGGGCAACCGAGAACAGUGAGGGAGAGAUGGAGAAGCUUUUGAAGAUUGCUUUGACUUGUUGUGAGGUAGAUGUGGACAAGAGAUGGGAUUUGAAAGAAGCAGUAGAGAAAAUCAGAGAGGUGAAGGAGAGGGAUCAUGAUGAUGAUGGUGAGGAUUCUAAUGCUUCUUCUUCAAGUUGAAUAUUGACGUAGAUUGCCUUAUUGAUUACUUGGAUUUCUAUUUCUUUCAAAUGUUAUACAACAUGGAUGAGAGAUGGAUUAUCUGAGACUUUUUGUUUUCUCUCUAGAGAUCUAUAUCUUAAUGUAACCAUGCCCAUGCAUGAUGCAAGAAAUGUAAAAUAUGAAAGGAGGCUUGAGGUUAAGAUUGAAUCAACUAAGGCUUAUCUUUUC